AUGGGUAUUCAUUCAGAGAAUAAAUCUCAGACCUACAAUUCAGUGUCUUCGUCCAAGAAAGAAGAUAAUGAACGCGAAAUUAUCAAGAUACCAGAUCUUUUCGAGCUAUUCAUGUCUCGGACACCUACGGUCAACCCUUUCUACGAACAUGUCAAAGACCAAGCUUUAGAAUGGGCAACCGACAUAUGUCAUUACAAUACCCAAGAAGCUGAGCGAAUGCGUCGAGGAGACUUUGCUUAUUUUGCAGCUGUCUCUGUACCAGACGCAGAUACCAACAAAUUAAGGACUGUUAACGAUUGGUUGAAUUGGGUUUUCGUUUUCGACGACCAGCUAGAUGAUGGGCAUUUCUCUCGAAACGGGAAGACUGUGGAGGCCUUUGAAUACAUCGAUAGCAUGAUUGCAGUUCUCGAUGGCGAAACUCGGCCAGAAUCUGACCUGUCUACGCAAGCAUUGAGGGACGUGCUGAAGAGUAUCUGGGAAAGAGUCAAUGGUGAUCCUGACUGCGCAGACGACGCCAAACUCCGCUGGAAGCAAAAUAUGACAUCCUACCUAGCCGCUCUCCGCGCUUCCAUGACCUACGAGCCAUCUGAUAACCUGGAGAAGACCGUUGGAGGUUACAUCGACUAUCGUUUUCAUAGUAUUGGUGUCCUUCCUUUGUUUAGCUUCAUCGAGUAUGCAUACAACCUUACUAUACCCGACGAAGUCUUCAAGAAUAGAUCCAUGCAAGAGAUGCAGCGAGUUGGAGUUGAGAUCCAAAUGCUCGCAAAUGAUUGUGUUUCUUACCGUCGAGAGAAGGCUAACGACUGUCCCCACAACAUCAUUUACCUUCUCCGUUACCACGGUUUCUCGGAACAAGAAGCUUACAACCAUGUCCAAAUCCUGCUUCGGAAUCGAUACAAGGAGUGGUAUCUUGCGCAAGCACAGUUGCCGACAUGGGGGGAGCGAGUAGAUAGAGAGGUUCAGUGGUAUAUCAAGGGAAUGCAGGAUGUCGCAUUGGCGAACGCGAACUGGAGUUUCCGGACUGAACGAUACUUUGGGGGCGAUCGUGAGCAUGUUCGUGAGACAAGGGAAGUUCCUAGCAAGGUUGAAUGGCUACCUGGGAUUUUGGUAGAAGGCAAGGCAGAAGUUUAGAUCAUGUCUGGAGAGAGACUUUCCAUUCUGAAAGGCACCUUGCAUACUGCAGUGCGGGUGAUCAAGUAAUCUUACCUCAAUUGAUCCCGC